UUUUGCCUCUCGUUGGUGAUUUACAGUUCGUUAUUAGACCCCGAGGGGCAAUAGAUGAGAUCAGAUUACCUGCCUGCGCGGGCAUUUUUCUCUUUUCUUUUAGGGAAUGGUCGGACACGCCCGCCCCAGUUACUCGUCCCCCCGCACAGAAGAAAAAGAAAAGAAAAAGGAGGAAGAAGAAGGAGGAGGAGGAGGAGGCAUGAAGCGCGAUCAUCGGCAUAGUGUGGAGUUUCGGCUAAGCCCUCUUUCACUGGGAAGGACAGAAGGAGAAGGGAGAGAAAAGAAAGAGAGACUCCAGAUCGAAGCGGCUGCACACGCCCGCCCGCGAUGGCUUGAUUAAUGAACCACGUGGCGAGCGGGCUGAUGACGUUCGGAUUCGGAUCUGCUCUGAAGAGUGGUACGAUCGGCCCUUUUAUUCCUCUUCUUUUUUUACAUCGUGUUGUGUGUGUGUGUGUUUAUACUUUGAACCCCCCCGCGGCCUCGCGCUGCUGGCCCGAUUCAGCUCAACGCCGGGGAGGCAACGAGCGGGCCGGUCGCUCGUCCUGCGUCGACAGUGAAGCCGCCUUGGCUUGGCCGCCGCAUUUACUGUCGAUUGCGUCGCAUGGUGCGUGUCUCCUCGUUGCAGAGGAAUCAAGUCUGCCAGUUCACUGGUGCCUGGAAGUUUUACCUGGACGACAGACACCAUCUCAUGCGCUUGCCAGCCACCAGGUGAGAGCGGUGUGCCCUGGUGCGAUUCUCUGUCGUUUCCCACUGUCUCUGUUGUUUGAAACGGACGACGACGGAACAAAGUUUGAGCCACCAAACAUGCCUUCGUCCAACAUCCGUACGACUCGGCAGAGGCGGGAGAGUUCAGGGCGAUCGGGAUGCCUACAGCUCGGAUUUCCGAGGGGCGAGCAGGAUGUACAGAUGGGAGGGCGGGCGCCGAGAUAAGCACUUCGGACCAGGGAAGCUUCCUCUUCUUCGAGGAUGAACAGUCUGCAUUAGUUAC